CAGAGGUAUUUCACUUUUUACUUUUGUUAAUGGGAAGCGGUGACGGCCUCAAAUUCUUGAGAAUAAUCAUCCUCGAGAUUUGACUGGUGAGAUUUUAAACUUCGAACUAUUACCCCUGCCUGGUUGCUGGCAGAAAAAGAGAUAAAAAGAAAAGUGGACUGAACAUGGUUAUGGGAUAUUGUGUACCCAUGUCUCUCUUGGACCUACGAAGUAGGUGCUGUACUAAUUUCCCAUCAGCAUGCGCUCUCACUGGUGGUGCAGGCAGGUCAAGUUUGUUGUCUGGAAAGCAGCCCAUGAUCGGAAAUGCAUCCAUCAUUUUUCUUGCGUGCACUGUACAAAAUCGCACUCCCCUCUUCUUUUUGAACAUUUUUUCUUCCCUGAGUGUGUGUACCCCACAAGCAAGCAGCUCAUGCUGGUUCUUAAGCUCGCAUGCGUCCCGCUUGGUGAAGAUCAAGCAAAACCUCUGACAUGCUAAAUACCCCCCUCAACUACCCUACCUACCUUCACAACGCCUCCUGAAUCUUGCCCUCGUCCGUUUGUCUGACCAUCAAACAACCAUCCAUGCCGAACCGAACCACUGUCACAGUGAAAUCGACCUUUUUGCUAGACCUUUUCCGUGUUUGCCCUGCACCAUAGCACUAGGACUAGGAAGGAAUUGCGACCCGCCUAACCGCCCCUUCAGGCAUCUCGCUUGCUCCUGGACCUCUCCACCCAAGAAACAGCGAACCCGUAUCAUGCCGUCCGGAUGCCUGCUGCCAUCAUAGACCAGAUCAGCAGGACGUGGAUUGCAAACGACACCAACCUAAGGGGCGUCGCCUCACCAAAGAACAAAAUAUCCGACACAGACCCUGGCCUAUCAAAACAAGCUUGUCUGUUACGUCUUGCACAGUGCUGCCCCCAGGCGUGCCCUGCUCCUGGGUGGUUGCGCACGUCCCGACGACCACCUCUGGGCAGAGCCUCCUUCAUCCUCGUCCCCUGCUUGUGCUCGCCAAUAUAGUCCACUGGGCCUCGCACCUCAUCCAAUCUUUAAACUUCUUUUGGCCUUUCUUCUUUUGCCAGUUUGCCCAAAGCUGGUGUACUCAACUUGUCGAUAUCACUCUUUCAUAUCGACCGGCUCGGUUUCUCUUCUUUGCCAACCGCGGGUCCGGAUACCUGCUUUAUUCUAUUAUACCUUCACUUCGACAUACUCCCAGCUAUUAGCCUGUAAUCAUUUUUAGUCUCUUUUUUUUCUUUCUUUUCCCCUCGUGCUCUCUCCCUUCUACUCUUUACCGAUUUACUCUUAUAUUUGGGUAGUCACCUUUCCUCUCGUUCGAUUCGAUUUCUGCAUCCAAGUUCAAAACGACCGAUCUACGAUCGCCCGACACUACUGAGAAGGUAGAAAUUGCUCGUCACUGGGCGUGAGGUUAGGAAAGAAAAAGCAAGGAAUACUGUGUGGGAAAGUGUUUUGAGGCAAAUCUGAACGAGAAUCUGUCUGGAUAAAACGAAAGCGGGUUCGACAAACGACGACGACGACGACAACAACAUAAAAAAAAAACCGACACCAUGGGAAGGCUUAUCAAGAACCACUGGGCUAGGCUCAUCGUUCUCUCGGCUGCAACUUACCAAGUUGCUGCUGGUCUCGAAUCCUACUUCUGGCCGAAGAUCUUCUUCGACUUUUUGACCCACUCGCUGGAUGGCGCUGUACGGCCAGUGCCCGUGCUGCAGACGGUUAAUAUCCUACUAGGAUUUCUGAUGCUAGCGUGGGAGUGGCCUCUGGGUGCAAUCGCUGGAUCUGGAUUCCACCGCAGUCUCGAGCUACGCCUCGCUAUCAUCCCAGUUGCUGCCAUUGCUGCCGGCCUGAUCUACCAAGGAACCAACGCUGCCGUCUACUACCUGAUUGGUAUGGCCGUGUACUUUUGGGCAUAUAGCGAAGGAGAGAUAAUCUGCGCAAAGCCGUGGACUCUUCCUCAACGUGGAGGGCGUGGCGCUCGUGUCUAAGCAAUGGCUCCGUGCCCGCCCUCAUUCUCACUAUAUUCUUUUUUUCUCUUAAAACCUUACGUCUCAUGUCCCGACUCCAGUCCUGGGGUUUACUUUAGAAGCAAGGGCUGGAGAGGGAUGUACAUAUACCCCAAUCCGAUUUAUGUUUCUUGCUAGACACAAAGUUCCCAUUUUAGGACAAUUUCCUACAACCAAUUCGCCUCUCGAUCUUCAAUUUGUAUUUGCCUCCGUCGUGAUAUCGUGCCGACCUGCCGAACUAUCGACCCGUCUCUUUCAUAUCAAAGCGCGCCUCGACGAAAGAUUGACGAUUCACAACUACCAGGUGUGAGAAAAUUGGAUUGCAGCCCGGAGGACAAAGUCGACCUGGGAAUAAUGUGUUGAGAAAAAAAAAAAAGAGGGCGGCUCCAGUGUGCUUUGAGGUGGGGUUUUCAAUUCUUGGCGGUUUUCUUUCGGUCUCAGGUUGAAGCCUCGUCGGUUUCCGUUUUUUUUCUUGUCAUAUGUUUCAUGGCCCAGCGUUGCAUCUUCCACACUAAACUGGUGUUUUCUUCUUUUUUUUAUUUUCCCCCACCUGUUUGUGUCUUUAAUUUCCCUAUACGCGUCUCUCUUACUCAUUUCUUUUGACCUACGCAGCAUUGGGAGGAAUCCAGGAAAGGAAGCAUCAAGACCAGGUAGACAAAGAGGUGUAUAUGGGCGAAGUAAGGUGAUGCGGAGAAAGACCUUUUUUUUUUUUCUUUUUUGUCAUCGAGGCCAAGAAUUCUUUUUUUGAGUUCGCCAUCUCAUGGAUGGGGGCUGAAAGAGCUGGAUGGAAAUGCGCUCCCCAUUUUGCAGGACAAAUACCACAACUCGGAUUUGAACUUGAGGGUUCUUUUUCCGGUGAUAUGCUAUUGAAAAAAUCCAUUGGCCUUCUCUUUAAUUUCUCUGUUUUUUCUUCUGCCGAGCAUUUGCAUACAAC